CACACCUCACCUCCGCCACCCGGGUGCUUACGUGGCGCGGCACCACCAGCUGAUCCUGAUCGGCGCAGGAACGGAGUAAACGCUUGCUGGCUCUCUAAUCCCCGUCCCUCAUCCCUCACCCUUUGCAAAAAUCACAGCGGCAGGGGACAGCAAAAAUCUCCAUGCCCACGCUCGGCCUAGAUCUCCGGCGAGCCGGCCCCGCGCGGUAGCCGAUUCACUCUCCGACCCCGACCCGAUGGGCGGCGAGGUGCCGGAGCCGCGCCGGCUGAGCCGCUCGCUCAGCUUCGGCUGCGGCGGCGUCCCCGAGGAGGCGCUGCACCUCGUGCUCGGCUACGUGGACGACCCGCGCGACCGGGAGGCGGCCUCGCUCGUGUGCCGCCGCUGGCACCGCAUCGACGCGCUCUCGCGCAAGCACGUCACCGUCGGCUUCUGCUACGCCGUGGAGCCCGCGCGGCUGCUCGCCAGGUUCCGGCGGCUCGAGUCGCUCGCGCUCAAGGGGAGGCCCCGCGCCGCCAUGUACGGGCUCAUCCCCGAAGACUUCGGCGCCUACGCGGCGCCCUGGGUCGCCGAGCUCGCCGCGCCGCUCGACUGCCUCAAGGCGCUCCACCUGCGCCGCAUGACCGUCACCGACGAGGACAUCGCCGUGCUCGUCCGCGCGCGCGGCCACAUGCUACAGGUGCUCAAGCUCGACAAGUGCUCCGGCUUCUCAACGGACGCCCUCCGCCUCGUCGCCCGCUCCUGCAGAUCUCUGAGAACUUUGUUCCUGGAAGAAUGUAUAAUUGCCGAUGAAGGGAGCGAAUGGCUCCAUGAACUCGCCGUCAACAAUUCUGUUCUGGUGACACUGAACUUCUACAUGACAGAACUCAAAGUGGAGCCUGCCGAUCUGGAGCUUCUUGCAAGGAACUGUAAAUCAUUGAUUUCUCUGAAGAUGAGUGACUGCGAUCUUUCGGAUUUGAUUGGUUUUCUCCAAACCUCCAAGGCACUGCAAGAAUUCGCUGGAGGCGCUUUUUUCGAAGUCGGAGAGUACACCAAGUACGAAAAGGUCAAGCUCCCACCUAGGCUAUGCUUCUUGGGGGGUCUUACCUUCAUGGGUAAAAACGAGAUGCCCGUUAUCUUUCCGUAUUCUGCGUCGCUUAAGAAACUGGACCUGCAGUACACUUUCCUCACCACUGAAGAUCACUGUCAGCUUAUCGCUAAAUGCCCCAACCUACUGGUUCUCGAGGUGAGGAAUGUGAUUGGGGAUAGAGGACUGGAAGUUGUUGCCGAUACAUGCAAGAAGCUACGAAGGCUGAGAAUCGAGAGGGGGGACGAUGACCCCGGCCAAGAAGAGCAGGGAGGAGUCUCUCAGAUAGGCCUGACAGCCGUAGCUGUCGGCUGCCGGGAACUGGAGUACAUAGCGGCAUACGUAUCCGACAUCACAAACGGGGCGCUGGAGUCCAUCGGCACCUUCUGCAAGAACAUGUACGACUUCCGGCUCGUCCUACUCGACAAGCAGAACAAAAUAACGGAUCUGCCGCUGGACAACGGUGUCCGAGCUCUACUGAGGAGCUGUACCAAGCUUCGGCGGUUCGCCUUGUACCUGAGACCGGGAGGGCUCUCGGAUGCAGGCCUCGGCUACGUCGGACAGUACAGCGGGAACAUCCAGUACAUGCUGCUCGGCAACGUCGGCGAAUCGGACAACGGGCUGAUCCGGUUCGCGAUGGGGUGCGCCAACCUGCGGAAGCUGGAGCUGAGGGGCUGCUGCUUCAGCGAGCGGGCCCUGGCGGUGGCCGUGCUCCAGAUGCCCUCGCUGAGGUACGUAUGGGUGCAGGGGUACAGGGCCUCUCAGACGGGCCGGGACCUCAUGCUCAUGGCCAGGCCGUACUGGAACAUCGAGUUCGUGCCUCCCCGUCCCGAGAGCGCGUGUCGGGUGAUGGCGGAUGGACAGCCUUGUGUCGACACCCAUGCUCAGGUUCUCGCGUACUAUUCCCUCGCUGGAAGGAGGCCGGACUGUCCGCGGUGGCUGGUUACUUUGCAUCCCGCGUGACUGUAGAUACGGCAAGGUGUCCGAGUGUGGUUACUGUUACUACCAGCUGCUUGUGUACCGUAAUGAACUGUAGUGCCGACGUACUGUAGCGGAGGUGUAGUGUAGUGCAAUAAUAAGUUGCGGUGUUGCUUGUACUGGUAUCUAGUCCUAGGAGGAUGUAUACUAAGUUAUGCUGUGCUUUCUUCUCCCCGGAAUUGUAUUCUGUUGCUUCCACUGUAAAUAUCAGAAAUGGCUUUUUGCUAGUUUGGGUUG